AUGGUCUACCUGUAUAUAUAUUUGACUUGUUUUACUGCAGUCUCGGUUCCAUUUCGCCUUGACCCGUUUGCGCUUUCUCCUUCCCAGUUCCCUUCGGAUCUCCCGGACAUCAACCCCGGGGCCUUCCCUUGCACCCAGAGCGAGGUGGGCUCCUUUGCCCGCUCCUUCGGCCCGGCCGUCUUCUCGGUGUCCUUCCUGCUGGGCCUGGUGGGCAACGGCUUGGUCCUGGCCGUCCUCUCCUCCCGCCGCUGCCCGUGGCUCCUGGCUGACCGCUUCCUCUUCCAGUUGGCCGUGGCCGACCUGCUCCUGGUGCUGGUCCUUCCUUUCCGGGCCACCCAGUUCUCCCAGUCGUGGGCCUUUGGGGAGCCCUUUUGCAAGCUGGUGGGGGCCCUCUCCGCCAUGAGCAGCUACAGCACGGCCUUCCUCUUGGCCUGCGUGACCCUCGAGCGCUACCUGGCCAUUGUCCACUCCCUCCAACCACGGUGGACACCUCAUGGAGCCUUGCUGGCCUCCACCUUGCUGUGGGCCGCCUCCAUCGCCCUCUCUGUCGUGGAGCUCCACUUCCGAACCGUGUCCUACGUCUCCCAAGCCGGGGCCGUCGUGUGCCACUUGGGGUUCGACGCCCGGGACGCCAACACGUGGCGGUUGUCCCUCCGCUUGGUCUCCUUCCUCCUUGGCUUCCUCUUCCCGGUCGCGGUCAUGGUCUACUGCUACGUCCGCAUGUUGGUCAAGCUCCGGCAGCUCUUCUUCCGCGUGACGGCCUUGCGGCUCCUUUCCGUGAUUCUGCUUCUCUUCGUCCUCUGCUGGGGUCCCUUCCACGGAUUCGUCUUGGUGGACAGCCUCCAGCGCCUGGGACACGUGGGCCGCGAUUGCGCCAAGGAGAAGAUCCUGGACUUCGGUCUCCUCUUCACCGAGAGCGUGGGCCUCGUCCACUCCUGUCUCAACCCCUUGGUUUACGCUUUCGUGGGAGCCAAGUUCCGGAAGGAGCUCUCCGGAUUGUUCCGGGAUUGGCGGCAGUGUCGGCGGCAACAACAAAUAGCCCCAAGCCCGGUGGGCAGCGGGCGGGAGACCGAGUUCAGCGUGGCCCAAAUGGCAGACUAUUCCGUCAUGAUGUGAGAGUCUCACAAUACACUCUGGGCAGGGCCGGUCCAACAAUGAGGCAAAUUAAGCAAUCGCUUGGGGCGCAAAACUUACGGGGGCGCAGUUGAGACUGCUUUUUCCGUUGAUUUCUUGUAAAACAAUGUAGAAUGAAUAUUGGGAGUUGUAAUUUCACUAAGGUUAUAUGUGUACAGUGGAAUGAAUCUUGGAGUUGUAGUUUCACUAAGGGUGCAGGUACACUGUGGAAUGAAUAUUGGGAUUUGUAAUUUCACUAGGCAUGCAUCUACACUGUGGAAUGAAUCUUUGGAAGUGUAAUUUCACUAAGGAUGAAUCUAUACUGUAGAAUAACUGUUGGGAGUUGUAGUUCCACUAGGGCUGUGCCUACAAUGUAGAAUGAAUAUUGGGAGUUGUAAUUUCACUAAGGUUAUAUGUGUACAGUGGAAUGAAUCUUGGAGUUGUAGUUUCACUAAGGGUGCAGGUACACUGUGGAAUGAAUCUUGGGAUUUGUAGUUUCACCAGGCAUACAUCUGUGGAAUGAAUCUUGGGAGUAGUAAUUUCACUAAGGAUGAAUCUAUAUUGUAGAAUAAAGCUUGGGAGUUGUAGUUCCACUAGGAGUGCAUCUAUACUGUAGAAUGAAUCUUGGGAGUUGUAGUUCCACCAAGGAUGCGUCUAUACUGUAGAAUGAAUGCAAUUUUCUACCACUUUAAACACGCUGGAUCCAUGCUAUGGGAAAGAGACUCUUUGAGCAGAAAAAAAGGUCAACGCCUUGUGGAACUACAACUCCCAUGUUUUCAUUGUCAGAGCGCGCGGUUUGGAUAAGCACACAUGCAGCGGAAGAUCAACGAAGAAUCACUGGCACCAAUAACGAGGCUGAAGCCUAUUUGGCUAUCUACAAAAGGUUUACUAACAAACGGAAAACUCUCAAGACGAUAUAUACAGACAGAGUGCAGAGAGGCAGAGAGCAGAGAGAGAACAGAUAACACAGGGAGCUAUUUAUAACCACCUCUGCUGUCUGAUGCAAUACACAGUUAACUCUUUACACACUGGCAUAGUGGACAGCAGACAGUGCGUGAUGCAAUCUCCAGUUCACAUUGCAUCACUAUAACUCAAUUACAUUUAAACAACUCUAUAUACAAUCAUUCCCACUUCAACAUUCAUAGCAUGAAGCCGUGGCGCUCAGGUGGGCAUCAAACUGCAUUCAUUCCACAGCGUAGAUGCACCUUAUGUCUUAAGUGAUGCGGACUUGAAAUCCCUGCACCUGCCGGCCUUCCUGGUUUGGGAUCUGUAGUAUUCUCACGUGAGUUUCCCAUUAAUGCCAAGGGAUUUGAUGUUGCCAAACUAGCACAGGGUUGUAUGUUCCCCGAGUCCCUGCUGGGAGAUGCU